UCUAUUCGGCUGUCUAUUUAAGUGUUCGCAUGUUUGUUAGCUCAUCAUCGUCAUAGUUUUAUAUGUGUGUGAUCUCCAGCUGUCUACUGGGCGGAUUGUAUGCCCGAUUGUGUUCCUUGUAUUUCUUAUUCGGGCACAAUUUAGUGGACGUACAAACGUCCAAACUUUGAACUGAAACAUCAAAUACAAAACUCAAUUCGCCUAAUAUUUCGUAACAUGCGCAGAGCCUUUGUUUCAAAUUCUAAUAGUCACGCAAAACUCACCUACAUACUACUACUACUACUGCCAUACGAUCAUCAAAAAGACUACUAUACUGUUUGAAUACAUUAUUCGCAUAUUUAUAUUAAUAUAAGUAUGUAUAGCGUUUAUAAUUCCAACUAUAAAAUGAUCGGCAAUAGAGUAUGGGGAGCUUUAGGUCUCGCCUGUUUCAUUGGAGUAGCGAUAUCAUCAUGUGGACUGGCUCAAGCAAAAGUUGCUCACAAAAUACACUGCACAGAGAACCAGAUGCAAGUCGAAAUACAAAUACCUGAAGCGAACAAAGAGAAUUCCGACAAACAACCGCAAAUAUAUUUGGAGGGCCUGAAAGAUUACCCAAAUGAACGUUGUCAGCCCCAAAUUAGUGAGUCGCACGCUGUGUUUCGGCUUUCCCUUACCGACUUUUACGAAUGUGGAGUCACCCGGAUGGUUAAUCAAUUGACGGGCAAGAAAGUAUACUAUCACAAGAUACUGAUAGAAUCCGCAGAGGGCAAAGAAGUAGUAAGUGUGAAAUGCAUCACAACAGAGCCAUUUUACAACGUGCUUAUGCUGAAUGCUACCAAACAUCAUGGCGUUGUGAGACGCGACGUUCUACCGGCUGGGUUCCAAGAGCCAGAGGACUUGGAGAUCACAACAUCUCUUACCGAGCGCGCUCCAGAACCGCGACUAUCAAUAGGCGUUAAUCAGAAUGGCAAAAAGGUCACCGGUGAUCUUACCGUUACGCCUGGCACCCCAUUGACGAUGGAAAUAAAUUUGGACCGCGACUCAGCGCAGGUUUAUGGCUUGGGUGUGAAUUAUCUGGAAGUGACCGAUACGCGACAACUCUCUGAAACAAUUGUAUUUAAAGGUUGCACGGUUGAUCCAUAUCUAUUCGAAAACUUUAAUACCAUCGAUGGGGACACUUUGUCAGCAAAAUUCAAAGCGUUUAAGUUCCCAGACUCAUCGUAUGUUCAGUUCCGGGCCACAGUCAAUGUAUGUCUUGACAAAUGCCUUGGUACUCAGUGCUCAAACGGACAAAUCGGUUAUGGACGCAGAAGGCGCGAUACAACUGAGGUUUUAGCUCAGGGCUUGAUGGAUACAAACAAGGUCUACGAAAUAUCACUGGCUAUGUUCAUAAAAAUAAAUGAUAUUGAAGGCGUCAAUCGAAAUGAAGUAUUGCAAUUAGAGGAGAAGCUGAGGGAAUUAAAAUUGGCCAAUCAGAGAUUAGCGCGUAAUAGCCGUGUUAACUUCGGCGAGUCGCUAAAGGCCUUCGAUCAGCCCCUAUUGUCCGUGCCUGCCUUUGUGGUCGAUGAGAGGGAGCUUAGUCAAGCUCAACGCAGCGUCAGUAAUGAUGCUUCUAGCAGAUCAUUGGGUUGGGCCUCUCUUCUCUUUGGACUUUGGGUACUUGUUUGUAAAUGUAUGUAAAGGAGAUUGCGCCACCCAACCCAACCACAAUUACUUGUUUAUUAAAAAUGCGAUAGCUUUGAAAAACUCUAUCCUUAAUAAAAUAAUAAGUAGUGCAUACAUGUGAACUUAAUAUAAACAGAAAAGAAAGUCGGAGCGGAAACAUAGUGAGAUAUCUGAUGAAUGUAUGCAACAGGAAUAAAAAAGAAAUCAGGUACAUCAGAAUAGAGAAGUGUACAUACAUAUGUAUGUAUGUGUAUGUGUAUGUAGGUGUGUAUAAUACCAUAUGGUUUACAUACAUAUCCAUAUAUGUACAUGUAUGCAGGCGUGUGUAAUUAUUACAGUUAGAAAUUACAUAUAAACUGCCAUCAUUUACAGUUAUUUACCACGAAUAUUAAGAAAGUAUAUUAAUAAAAGCAAUGAAUUAUAAUUAUAAAAUAUAAAUGAAAGCGAAUACUUUCUUGCAACUGAAAACACACAUACAUAUGUAUGUAUAUCGGUUGAAAUUUUAGAAUUCUAAUUCUAAGCUCCAAGUAAAAUUUAAUUGCACGUCUCGUAGAAAUCAUUUUCUCGUCCAUAAGAAAGUGGCAGCAGUUUUUACUGCUCAAAUAUUAUCUUCUAAUGAGGCAUCCCUAAAUAGAGCGGCCACUUUAUGUCCAAUUCUCAUCUAAACGCUAAAUAUAUAAUAAUAAAUAGUACUUUCAUUCAUUUGUACAAGCAUUAAACAUCGCGCGUCAAGAAAUAUCGAAUUUUUAACCCUCAGCUUUGCCGCCGCGUUUAUCUAAUUUUUGAGAGUAAUUUUUCGCUGCCGCUUUUAUUUAGGGACGGCAGUAAGUCACUACUAGUCUACUAAGAUAAAAGUUGUAUGUAAGUUAAUUGAAUAUUAAUAUUAAUAUGUAAUAAUAAAGAAAUAUAAAUACUAACAACCCACUUGAA